AUGAAGAAUCACCCAAACUUCUCGUACAAGAGCACCAAUGUGUUGAACCCGGCACCAUACCAACAACCGCACAAUCCACCAGGGUUUAUCCCACAACCCAAACUGUUAAACCAUCCACCUCCGCAACACGACCACCAUCCACCAUUUAAUAUGGAGUCACAAAUUGCAGAGCUUAGAAAUAUAGUGCAGGCACACAUACGGUCUAGCAGCGCACAUAUGAAGAUGCUAGAGACUCAGGAGCCUAGCCAGAUGAAUGUUGUGACAACAACGAGUGGUAAGCAAUUAGUUGAUCCUCCACUAAAAGAGGUGACACCGACAUGUAGUAUUUCUAUGGACCUUGAUUCUAAUGCUGAUGAGGUAGAUGGUAAGACUGCUGUGAAUGAUGAUGAUAAUGUCAAGUCUAAGUCUAGAGUCAUGCACCUUCUAAUUAAGCAUCUUUUAAAAGAUGUGUCUAUAGAAAUCCCUUUCUUAGAUGCAAUUUCUGAGAUCCCUGCAUUUCCCAAAUCUCUUAAGUCCGUUAUGUCCCAAAGUAAGAAGCUUGAUGGUGUGAUUCAGGUGUCCAAGGAGGUGAAGGAUCCUCAUAGUUUCAGUAUACCUGUCACAAUUAGGAACCUUACAGUGGACAGGGCUUUGUGCGACUUAGGUGCUAGUGUCUGUUUGAUGUCGUAUUCCAUGUAUAAGAGACUUAAGCAUGUUAAUGAGUUUUCCCCUACCAGGAUGACCUUGCAGUUUGCUGAUCGCCGCAUUGUUUGUCCUAAGGGUAUUUUAUAUGAUGUUGACUUGAGAGUAGGCAAGCUGACCGUACCUUAUGACUUUGUCAUCAUGGACAUACUUGAGGAUGCUAAGACCCCUAUCAUUCUAGGUAGACCUUGCCUAGCAACAACUAGCACCUUGAUUGAUGUAGCUAAGGGUAAGUUAGUGAUGAGUGUGGGGGAGGAUAGAGUUAAAUUUGCUAUAGAAGAUGCUUUGAAGUCCCCAGUCCCUGGUGAGUCUAUAUGUCAGCUUAAGUUUGCUGAUGAUGCGUUUGCUGAUCCUGAUGAAGCCCAUGAGAUUGAUGCUCUGCAAUCCUUUCUUGAAGGAGUUGGGGGUGGUCCUGCAGAGAUAAUGGGCGGGGAGGAUCCUUUAGAGGAUCAAGCUGAUGAUCAUGAUUGUGUUUUAUCUGAUGAUGUUUUGCAGGUUGCUGUUAGAGCAGAAGAAGAAGGAAAUGAAGGAGAGCUCCACACCUCCUCAAGUAGAAAUGAAACCUCUUCCCUCUCAUUUGGACAUCGAAAAGUCAUUGGGUACACAAUUGAUGAUAUUAAGGGUAUCAAUCCGUUUAUUGUCACUCACCGUAUUAAUGUGGAACCUGAUGCCACUCCUUCCAUUAAGGCACAGAGGAGACUCAAUCACAAUAUGAAGGAGGUUGUCCUUAAAAAGGAAGUUGUGACUGUUAUUGAAAAUGAGAAAAAUGAACUGAUUCCCACUCGAACAGUCACAGGGUGGUGUAUGUGUAUUGAUUAUAGGAAGUUGAACAAAGCCACCCAAAAAGACUGUUACCCCAUUCCCUUCAUAGACCAAAUGUUGGAAAGUACUUUUGCUUAUCGGAGGAUGGCAUUUGGAUUAUGUAAUGCUCCCGCCACCUUCCAGCGAUGCAUGAUAAGCAUAUUUUCUGAGUAUAUUGAGCAUUGCAUGGAAGUUUUUUAUGAACGACUUCUCCAUGAUAUAGUCUUGGGUUAUUUGGUGUCUAGUAGAGGUAUUGAGGUCGAUAAGGCUAAAUUCGAGGUUAUCGAGAAGCUACCCCCUCCAGUGAAUGUGAAGGAAAUUAGUAGUUUUCUUGGGCAUGCAAGUUUUUAUAGAAGGUUCAUACCAGACUUUUCUAAGAGUGCCCGACCUGUGACUGAGUUUUUGGCUAAUGAUGCACUUAUAACUGCACCAGUGAUCCAACCUCCUGAUUGGAACCUAACUUUUGAGUUGAUAUGUGAUUCUAGUGACUAUGCUGUAGAGGCAGUGUUAGCACAGCGUAAGGAUGGUAAGUUGCAUGCCAUAUACUACGCAAGUAAGACCUUGAAUGAGGCCCAGAUUGUUGAUAAGAAGGGAAUAGAGAAUUCAGUGGCUGAUCAUCUGUCCAGACUUGUAUUGGAUGAGGUUUCAGUGAACUACCUAAUUAAUGGUGUGCAUCCUUCUAGAUUGAAUGCAUCCCAAAGGAAGACGUUCUACCAUGAUAUCCGCUACUACUUUUGGGAGACCCUUAGGGCAUGUGCAAAUGGCAUUCUCUGCCGUUGCAUACCUGAAGUGGUGGUACAUUCUAUCAUUAGGAAUUGUCAUGAUCUACCUUGCGGUGGACAUGCUAUCUCAUCUAAGACCUCUGCUAAGAUUUUGCAAUGUGGAUUCUACUGGCCCACUCUUUUUAGAGAUUUGAAGGCAUAUGUUAAGAUGUGUUAUCAUUGUCAAAGAGUCGGCAAUUUGCCCAAGUCUGAUGCCAUGCCAAUGCAUCCCAAUGUUGAGGUUAAGAUUUUUGAUGUUUGGGGUAUUGAUUUUCAGGGUUCCUUUCCUUCCUCAUUUGGAAACAAGUAUAUACUUGUUGCUGUUGACAAUGUUUCCAAAUGGGUGGAGGCCAUUGCUACAAAGACCAAUGAUGCUAGAGUGGUAACCAAGUUUUUCAGAAAGACCAUCUUUCUCCGUUUUGGUUGCCCUCGAGCACUCAUAAGUGAUAAUGGGACCCACUUUAUAGAGUAUUAG